AUGUCUCGUGAGAAAUGUCCAGCGGGAAAUGUCUCGCGGGAAAUGUCUCACGGGAAAUGUCUCGUGGGAAAUGUCUCGCGAGAAAUGUCUCAUGAGAAAUGUCUCGCGGGAAAAGUCUCGCGGGAAAUGUCUCCUGGGAAAUGUCUCAAGGGAAAUGUCUCGUGGGAAAUGUCUUGCAAGAAAUGUCUUACGGGAAAUAUCUCGUGGGAAAUGUCUCGCGAGAAAUGUCUCACGGGAAAUAUCUCGAGGGAAAUGUGUCGCGGGAAAUGUCACGCGGGAAAUGUCUCGCGGGAAAUGUCUCGCGGGAAAUGUCUCGCGAGAAAUGUCUCACGGGAAAUGUCUUACGGGAAAUGUCUCACGGGAAAUGUGUUACGGGAAAUGUCUCGCGGGAAAUGUCCCGCGGGAAAUGUCUCACGGGAAAUGUCUUACGGGAAAUGUCUCGCGGGAAAUGUCUCGCGAGAAAUGUCUCACGAGAAAUGUCUCGCGGGAAAAGUCUCGCGGGAAAUGUCUCCUGGGAAAUAUCUCGAGGGAAAUGUGUCGCGGGAAAUGUCUCGUGAGAAAUGUCCCGCGGGAAAUGUCUCGCGGGAAAUGUCCCGCGGGAAAUGUCUCGCGGGAAAUGUCUCGCGGGAAAUGUCUCAUGGGAAAUGUCUCACGGGAAAUGUCUUACGGGAAAUGUCUCGCGGGAAAUGUCUCGCGGGAAAUGUCUUGCGAGAAAUGUCUUACGGGAAAUAUCUUGUGGGAAAUGUCUCGCGAGAAAUGUCUCACGGGAAAUGUCUCGCGCUAAAUGUCUCGAUUUCUCUCGAGACAUUUGCUAAUUUUGUACAUUGUUUCCAACAACAAAAAGCUAUCCGAUAA